UUCAAAUUUUCAGAUUACAAGUGCAAUGCACUGACCUGUUAGAAUGAAUUUAAAAGAACCAUUUUCCAACAGAAAACUUGUGUUAUCAUGAGAUGCAUCGUGAAAGGAUUAUCUCUUAACAAUCUUGCUUCUCGUUAUUUAAAAAUUAGUAUUUAAAGGUAAAAGCAACCUGGCAUUUAAACAGCUCAGCUCUAAUUGGAGGCAGCCAAGAUCUAAUUGGAUGCAUGAAAACGGUACGUGCGAGCCUGUGUCUCCCGGUGCUUAUUCGAGCAAGGAGCUUUCACAGCGUAAGUGAAUUAAAAUGCCUGUCACCUAGCGGGUUCCGGACAGAGGGCAGUCUUUAAGACCCAGCGACUGUAUUUGUCUGGAGAGGAAAUGUUGCUUUUUGACAGAUGAGAGAAAUCCCCUUAGUGCUGGCUCUGGGAAGGCAGAAGCGAAGUCAAGUCACCUGGCGGUGAAGGCCAGUAAAACAGCAAAGCGGGAGGAGAAUUGCUGUCUCCCUCUCCUCUCUCGCUCUUUUCUCUCUGUGGGAGCCACCUCCUAUUCUCUCAACUCUUUUAGCAUAACCUUCAAAGGAGAACGGUCCCUUCAGACUUUAUUACCGUCUUUUCCCCACUGAGAGAAUACCUCUUAGCUACAAGACAUUUUUAAGUCUAUGCAGGACUUCGGGGAUUCGGUUAUCUUGCCGGGGAAAUUGAUGAUUGCUAAUGUCUGGGACUCACAGCGUGCUAAAUUAGCUACCAGAGUAUGCCUGACGGAGGAAGGCUUUUAUCACAUACUCUUCUCUCCAGUUUGAACACAUUUGCUUGAAUUUUGCCGCAUGAUGCUGUCCAGGGAAGCGGCUUUUUUUCUUGGGAUGCAGCAACUCGCUGGUUUCUAAGCUUAUUGCAGAAGAAAUAAUCUGAAACAGAGUGGAUAUUUCCCCCUUCCUCUGCUCGAUUCGACUGAGCCGUGUUGCACCUCGGUAAAGAUCACCUGUCCCCAAAUCUUCGAAGAAGUAAAACAAAGUGAAUUAUCAUUCGUAUUUAUUUAUUUAUAUUAUUUUUAACCGGUGGAGGCGGCGAGACCACGGAGAAUGAGACUGAGAGACGGUGCCGGGGCUUGGAGGAGGAUAAGGCUGAGUUUCAGCUGGAAACUAAAAGACUAGACCGUUUCGGGGAGCAACUUGGCCGGUUCCUCUCCACUUCGUCUAGUUUCGCUCCAUGGACAGAUCCAGGGACCUGAACAUCCAGGAGCUCAAGAUGACUCGAGAACAAUACAUAUUAGCAACACAACAGAAUAACCUGCAGAGACCUGAAAAUGCACAACUUUAUCCUGUGGGGAUUUAUGGAUGGCGAAAGAGGUGCUUAUACUUCUUUGUCCUUCUGCUGUUGGUUACCAUGAUAGUUAACUUAGCCAUGACAAUAUGGAUAUUGAAGGUUAUGAAUUUCACUGUGGAUGGUAUGGGGAAUCUGAGAGUCACCAAGAAGGGAAUCCGACUUGAAGGUAUAUCUGAGUUUCUACUUCCAUUGUAUGUGAAAGAAAUUCAUUCCCGAAAGGACAGUCCACUGGUCUUACAGUCUGACAGAAAUGUUACAGUGAAUGCAAGAAACCACAUGGGGCAACUCACUGGACAGCUGACAGUCGGCGCAGAGGCUGUCGAGGCCCAGUGUAAAAGAUUUGAAGUGAGAGCCAGUGAAGAUGGCCGGGUGCUGUUUUCUGCAGAUGAGGAGGAGAUAACGAUUGGGGCUGAGAAGCUAAAAGUUACAGGAACUGAAGGAGCAGUAUUUGGUCACUCUGUGGAAACACCUCACAUCAGAGCAGAGCCAUCCCAAGACCUCAGGCUUGAAUCACCAACCAGAUCCUUGAUAAUGGAGGCUCCACGUGGGGUCCAGGUGAGCGCUGCUGCAGGUGACUUCAAGGCUGCCUGCAGGAAGGAACUGCACUUGCAGUCCACAGAAGGGGAGAUUUUUCUAAAUGCAGAUACAAUCCGGCUGGGAAAUCUACCAAUCGGUUCCUUCUCUUCUUCACCAAGCCCCUCAAAUUCUCGACAGACAGUGUAUGAACUGUGUGUCUGCCCCAAUGGCAAACUCUACCUUUCUCCAGCUGGGGUAGGCUCCACCUGUCAGUCCAGUAGCAGCAUUUGCUUGUGGAGCUGAAGCGACUGAUUUCUCCUCACACCAGAAAAGCCUUUUGUUCCCGUCCGUCUGCUUCACGGUUUUGCUCGGUUUCCCCUGCGAUCAGUCCAGAGCUUCUUCAGAUGGACCACAGAGCAAACUGUUCCAGGAUCAGCAGGGACUGGCCUCCACCUUUCCUGAUUCACCAUGCUCAACACAGUGUGACUGACUCAGCCGUGGGAAAAACCUCUUCAGCAGGAAACCUGGAUCGUGACCUUUGCUCGAAAGGGAGAAUAAUUUAGGUGCCUUUGCUACGUGGAGUGAAGCACACAGUUUUAGAUUUUUGCAGAACCUGGCUACGAACUGCGCACGAACACAUUACCCGGUUAAAUUCCCAAAUCCAAUGGCGAUAUGAAACACUUAACCCCUUCAGAAGACUAAUUCUGCUGUCUGAAAGCACAAUUUUCCAUUCAUCUUUUUUGGACGUAAACUUUUAUUCCCAGAAUUUUAAAAUUUUGAAGCAUUAUGUAAUGCUUGCUUUACUAAAAAAAAAAGAAAAAUUAAAUUCAAUACAUGAUUUUUAACUAAAUGAAACGACGAGACAGAAUCUUUCCCUGAGUUUUUUGUUUCUUUCAAUUCAAUAUGUUGGUACUCUUUGUCUAUUAAGUCUGGAAUUUUGUACAUUAGAUAAUUUUGAAAGCUCUCAGCAAUAUAAUAUUUUAAAAAUUAACAAAAAUGCCAUUAUGCGGUCAUUGGUCAGAUCGGGAUGGCCUUACAUAGUAUUUAUGUGGCUACUGCAUGUGACACGUUUACUUUUAACAAAACAUCUGAAUACAGGACAGGAGGGAGGGAUGUACGGAUGAUGUGGAAUCCAUCAGUCAUUUCCUUAGAAAAAACCCACAUGGUGUCCCUUACUUUCGGGUGUUUUAACAACACCCUUUGGUUUGCUCCAUUUACAUUAAACUUGAUUUUAACUGCAAAAGUUAAACCACCUUUUAAUUAAAUGCUAAUGUUAUGCAUAAUGCUGAGAACGAAUUCACUUUCCACAGGGACAUCAUCUUCAAGCUUAGUGCCCAUCUUUUAAUUUGAGGUUAAUGUUUAAGGAGGAUAGAAAUUAAAUUAUAAAUUCCAGAAAAGAAAAUGGUAAGAAGGCAAAUGUUCAGAAGUUGGACAUAUGCUUUCUCGGUUGAGGACUCUAGUCACACUCCUAUUCGACUAUUAGCGUUUAGCUGUUUUUAUUAGACUGUUAAGCUAUAGUUCGCCAUGAACCACAGCUCUGUCCAUGCUCCACUGUCCAAUAUUAUAAGUGAGUUCCUAAUAAAUAACUCUGGGGUAUCAUAGAUUUGUUCAUCACAGCACUCUUAAACUCAAAUUUUCGAAACCGACACAAUACAAGAAUGCAAACUUGUAUUGUAGAUUUCCUAGUUUUAGAAGGUGAUUUGAUGACUCUAAGGUAAGUCCUUAAUUUCUCCCAUCAUUCUCUUCUUGUACCGUUGCGUACCAUUAACAGGUGUGUGGAAGUUGCAUUUCAGGGCUCAGUGGCGGCAGAAUCUUUGAAAUUCUGUUCUGUACAGCUGAGAGUGAAGGAAAAGAUUGAAACAUGUUUAAGUAAUUUGGUUAGUAAAAAUGAAAAAAAUUUGGAUAAGUCAACGGGCACAGUGAGCUGUUUGGCCAGAGCAAUCUCAUUUGUAUUUCAGCAUAUCCAGUAACAGGCAAAACUUCAUAUGACUGAGCGCAUUCCACAGUGUGCAGAAGGUGAGGCAGUUCACUUUGAACAUUUUAGAAGUCGUAUCGGACUUGUGCUUUGGGGUUAUUAUAAAACAUAUGAAUCAAUAUCAAAAUAAAAGUAGAGAUACAUCAUUUCUUGAAAAGUCAUAACAGAGAGCCGAAUACAUUUCUAGCAAAAAUUACUAUAGAAAGUUUGCACAUUAGUCUUUGCAAACUAGAUACACAGCAUAUAACACAAGAAAUCUGAGAGUCGUGGGUGCUGAUCACUGUGUUAUGUUGAAGAAGAUGCUCUGCAUUAAUUUGGGACAGACCAAUGCUUUAACCAUGCUAAAUUAAGACAAUUAGAGAAUUUUCUAAUCAAAGGGUGUUAAUCCUUGUGGUUUGUAAUUCUCCCUGUUUCUAAAGUCUUUCGCUAAUCAGUUAAGCUGAGUUGGGCUAUCUGAGAAUGUCUCCAGGCUUCAGUUUACCAAGAACACUUCACAGACUUUACAAUAAAACUACCAAACAUCCUCUGAAGGCUUCCUCUAGCACUAGCAUGUUCUAAGAACAUAUAUUUCACAAGGUAAAAGUGAACACUCAAAAUGUAUAUGCAUAGCACAAGAUGCCAAGGAAAAGGGUCAUGAGUCUGAGGCCAGCGUGGUCUACAGAAGGAGACCCAGGACAGCCAGGACUAUCUAGAGAGACCCUGUUUUAAGAAAGCAAAAAUAAAUCGGAAAACAAAAACAAAAGAAAUUAAGAGGAAGGCUGGCAGACUUUUCAACUCAAAGAUAUUCUGAAAAGUACAGGCAGAUUUAGAAUGGGAAGAUGUUCAACUAUAAAAGAGAGAAUGGUGUAGAUGACUUCCUGAUACAAUACUAAAAUGAAUGACUUGAACUGAUUGAUUGUUUCAGGUUCAUCAAGUGCAGUAAUCUCAAAGCUUAAGCUUCUGUUACAGGCUUAGAAGAUGUACCUUAUGGUCUCUGAUUUCCUACUAAAGAAUCAUUGUAUCUUUAAUGAUAAGAAGGUCCAGGAACUGAAGAAUAUAUUUAUCCAUUGCUUUCCAACUGUAAGUUUUGCUGAUCAGAAUGAAUACACACACACACACACACACACACACACACACACCCUGCACCUUAUUUAAAUAAUGCAAAAUCUAUCUUCUCUAAAUCACACUGGAAAGAUAGUACUUUUAGAUAUGCCACAAUAGACUCUACUCAGCUGUGAUGAUUUUCAUAGCUUCAUGUUUGAGUUUAGAUCCAAUGGGCAAGACAGGAAAUGGAUGAAUUAGAGUAGGAAAAUUGCUGUUAGGAUCCAGAAAUGAAUGAACUUAGAUACAUUUUUAAGUUCAGUUUCUCUAGGGCUAAAAAGAUAUAUAAAGAGCAUUGUUUUAAGUUUAUAGUACUUCAAUAGUGAAAUUUUUAAAAUAUAAAAACAAUUCAAACACACUAAAAAACAAAGUGGACCUUGCCAGGUAUCUCCAAUACCUGACACUGGGCUUACUUAAUUUUUAUUCUCUUAAAUUUUAACUGUCUUAAUUUUUAUUAUGCAUCAUAAUUUUUAAACCAGGGAAGAUAAUUAUUUCUCUACUUUUAGAAAAUAACAAUAUUCAGUUACAGCACAAUUUGGAAAUCUUAGACUUUAGUGCCCCAAAUUUUUAUCUGUAGGAAUUCUGAAUUAGGUUCCUUGUUAUUUAUAAUGGUUUAAAUUCUCUUUAGAAAUAUUGAAUCAUUUUGGCUGCAGUAUAGAUCUCUAUGAGGAAGGUAUACUAAGCUAGAGCAUUCUCUUUGGUCAUGUUCAUCUCUUAAUUUUACUGAUUCUUUUAUGAAGGCUUUUAAUGAUCUUCACUAAGUCCAUCAACCUCUGCCCUUCUGGAAUUUGUCAUUAUCUGCUCCUUAAAGAGAUGUUCAUGAGUGUCAAACGAAUGAACAAACAAACAAACAAAAGCUCUCAGUAUCCUCAGUAUCCUAUUCUUUUUCUUCAUAUUCCUGGUUUUGCUCUUACCAAUUGAACAACAUUUCCCUUUGAGGAAAUCAUGUUUGAUUCAUGUGUUAAUUAAAAGAAGAAUGUUUGUGGCUAUUAUUUAAAAUACUGUUUAAGACUUAAAAAUAACAUCUGCCGAAUGUAAGCAUCCUGCUUACUGUCUUAUUAUUGACUUUCAUCAAACAACAACAACAAAAAAAAACAUACACACACACACACACACACACACAGGUAUUUGAAAAAAAAAUGUGUUUUGUUUAACAUGGACAAGUACUGAAAUUUUUAUGCCCAACAAAGUUCCUUAAAAUUCUACCACUCAAUUCAGCAGUGCCUCAUUUCCCAAACACACCAUUGGUACAGUAAUACCUUCAAUGGAUUUCAUCAUUACAAACGUAGUAUCUCUUUGUAAGGAAGCUAUAGCUAGAAAAAUAUCUGAUGUUGUUAGCAUUAUAGUUUAUAGCCUCCAAUGUCAAUAUCACAUUAAAUUAUAAUUGAGACUAUCUAAUGGUCUAAUUCUCUAAAUACAACACCAUCACCAAACUCAUUUUUGAGUUUUAUGUAUUUGAGGUAUUUGUUACCUCAUCUGCAUGUAGCUUUGGUCUAAUUAGAAUUGCUCAUGUGACCCUUCUAAGACAUUCAGUAAGUUAUUUGCUACAUAAAUUAGCAUAUAUUAUGGUAAUGAUUACUGCAGAAUGUCAUUAUCAAAAAGGAAAACAUCACAUUUAUCCCCAAUUAUAAAUUAAUGAAUGAUCUCAUUCCACACUUCUGUAGAUAUUGCUUUAAACUGUAAUCUAGUAGUCACUGAAAUGUCAAAGACCAAAGACCAGGAUUUCUAUUAUAUUUAACUCUAGACCACUAUUGCUUCUACUAAUUUAUUCAAUAAAUAGGGGUUAUAGUGAUGACACAGGAAGUAAACACGCUUCUGGCAGGAAUCUGAGCUACAGCCAUUAGUUACCGCUUUAGUUGUAGAAAGAACACUUUAGAGUGUGCUCUGCAUAUUUUUUAUACACAUGAAAUGAAUGCCUCAGUAUUCUAAAAACCAGGAUAUAAAGAUGACAUCCAAAGUGGUCUCAGGAUGGAAUAACUUAGUUGGAUUUAAAAUUUCAUUGCUUGCCAAAAAAAAAAAAAAAAAAAAUCUCUGGAAAAUAGGAUUAAUCUGAAAUACUUCUAGAACUAGAGGGCUAUUUUUUAAGUGCUAAUUGACAUGGGUCAGUCUCUAGGAUCAUAACAACAAGUGUGAAAGGAUGUGAGGUACAAUGAACUAUGAUUCUUUCUGGGUUUCUAGUCUUAAUAUUUCAUUUGUUUCAAUAUUUAUAAAUAAAAGCCAAACAGGGUUAAAGAUGUGCAAGGAUAUUUACUAACAAUGGAGACACACUAUUUGGAGUUUAUUUUAUUUUUUUUUAAUUUAUGCAGUUCUUUAAAUCAGGUCCACUAUUCAUUUACUUUGUUUUGUAACUUUAAUGUAAAUGUUUUCUUGUAUAUAUAGAUAUAUGAAAAAUGGAACUAUUUUCUUACACAUACUAUGCAAUACGUUUGUAUAAUUGCAAAAUUACCAAAAUUACAAAAGCUGUGCUUUUGUACUCUAUCUUGCUUUAUGUAAAAAAAAAAAAAACAACCUUUUUCUAUUUAAAAGGACUCCUUCCUAUGAACUGUAGAUAACAUACCUAUUCAAAAAUCAGUCUGUUGUAUCUUUUUGUUUAGUUUGGGUGGGGUCUAUUUAUUUUAGGUGAAAACACAGCAAAAUUUUGGCAUUUGAAAUUCUUUUCUCAAAAAUGAGUCCUUAUGAAGCAUGCAAUGAGCCCAUAUCAUUUAAGAUCUCUCUUGUAAUUCUUGUAUUUUUGUCCUGAUUUCGGUGCUACUGUGUAACCAUGAUUAAAUGUGAUAGUCAAACAAAGAGGAUCAGAACUCAGGUGCUAUCAUUUCAUUUAUCUUCCUGAAAGAAAAAAAAAACCUUUUGGGGAAUAUUAGCCUUGAAUAGAGACCUUUCCAAUAGCAUGUUGUCUGAUAAAUAUCACUUCUAUGAAUAUAUGUGCUUUGAAAAAUUGAGAUUAAUAUAUACGUUGAUAAAAGUUCUCUUAAACCCAUACACAGAGAAAGUAAGAAUCUAAAAAUGAUUUAAAAAUAAGAUGAAUUCACUUACCAGGAAAUUAACAAAUAUUUUAUCUGUUGUGAAAUCCUGCUGGUAUGUACUUGGUAUAAAAUUAGAUAAGUCUGUUGUGUGUACAAAAACCUGUAUGUUCAUAUGCCUAUUUUGUGCUAGGUCAAUACUCCACGGUAAAUUUGAACACCAUAUCGGCUAAUCAGUAUUCUUUUUUAGGUUUCAUUUCUGCUUUCUUCUGCUAUAUUCAGGAAAGAACUGGUCCCGUUUGAAAAAAAAUGACAGGAAUGUUGUUAUUACGUAACCAUAUGAACGGUCCAUUUCUGUGAUCCUCUGAGAGGGGCAUUGUUCUCUUUAUCAACUCGAAAAUCAUCAGUAGCCACUGAAGGUGUCUUUUUGGAAAACAAUGAUAACCUUCUUUAUUUCUCGUCCAAUUACUUUUAUAAACUAGUCCAGAUAUUUAAAACAAAAAUAGAACAUUUACA